UUGUGCUUGGGCCCGUUGCAUGCGCCUCACGUGCUCGCUUCUGCGUGUAAUCUUGUGCCUUUUUCGUUCCCCUGCCACCAUCGCGCACGCGAGACCCACACCGCCAGCACACUGCUCUGCCACCUCGUCCCCUCAUUGUGACAACACCACACCACACGCAGCAACACCAGCACCGCCACCAUGAGCAAGGUUUCCCGCGACACCUACGAAGAGGCGAUCCAGGCCCUCCUCAAGCACUCCCUCAAGCAGAAGAAGCGCAAGUUCCGCGAGACGGUUGAGCUUCAGGUUAUGCUGAAGAACUACGAUCCCUCCCGUGACAAGCGCUUCAGCGGCACCGUGCGUCUGCCCGGCAUUGCCCGCCCUGGCAUGAAGGUGUGCGUGCUCGGUGACGAUGCUCACUGCGACGAGGCCAAGGCUGCCGACAUUCCCUGCAUGGACGUCGACUCCCUCAAGAAGCUCAAGAAGAACAAGAAGCUCGUCAAGAAGCUGGCCAAGCAGUACGAUGCGUUCCUUGCGUCGUCGAAGCUUCUGAAGCAGCUGCCUCGUAUCCUUGGGCCUGGCCUCAACAAGGCUGGCAAGUUCCCCUCCCCCGUCUCGCACGAGGAGAAGCUGCCCGAGAAGGUUGACGAGCUCAAGGCCACGGUCAAGUUCCAGAUGAAGAAGGUGCUCACGCUCGGUGUCGCCAUUGGUCACGUCGACAUGUCCGAGGAGGAGCUCAUCACCAACUCCAUCCAGGCCGUCAACUUCCUCGUCUCCCUCCUCAAGAAGAACUGGCAGAACGUGCGCUCCCUCAACAUCAAGAGCACCAUGGGCCCUCCCCAGCGCAUCUACUAAGCGGAUGCUGCAUACAUGUGCCUUGGUGAUGAGUGGAUUGUUUUGACCUUGCUGUGUUUGCUUGCUGUAUUGCCGAUGCUCCCUCAACAACCGAGUGACUGAGUGGUGGUUGCAGUACACAGAAACGCUGG